GCCACCUGGGAAGCGCAGGGGCGGGGCGUGUGCCGAUUGGUGAGCAGCUGCGCCGCUCCCAGAAUGCAUUGGAUGGCGCGUCAUUGAAGAGAGACCAUGAUGGCGGCGACGCUGGGCCCCCCAGAAGUGAUCGCUCAGCUGGAGAAUGCAGCCAAAGUUCUGAUGGCACCACCUUCCAUGGUCAACAGCGAGCAACGCCAGCAUGCAGAGCACAUAUUCUUAUCAUUUAGGAAAUCCAAAUCACCAUUUGCAGUUUGUAAGCAUAUUUUGGAGACAAGCAAGGUGGACUAUGUCCUCUUUCAAGCAGCCACGGCCAUUAUGGAGGCAGUGGUCCGAGAGUGGAUUCUCCUGGAAAAGGGAAGCAUCGAGUCCCUGCGAACAUUCCUUUUAACCUAUGUCUUACAGAGGCCCAACCUCCAAAAGUAUGUUCGGGAACAGAUUCUCUUAGCAGUAGCAGUAAUUGUAAAACGAGGUUCACUUGAUAAGUCAAUUGACUGCAAGAGCAUUUUCCAUGAAGUCAGCCAGUUGAUCAGUAGUGGCAAUCCCACUGUGCAAACUCUGGCCUGUUCUAUUCUGACUGCCCUAUUAAGUGAAUUCUCAAGUUCAAGUAAAACUAGCAACAUUGGACUGAGUAUGGAAUUCCAUGGUAACUGCAAAAGAGUUUUUCAGGAAGAAGACCUUCGUCAGAUCUUCAUGUUGACGGUGGAAGUUCUGCAGGAGUUCAGCAGGCGGGAAAACCUCAGUGCUCAGAUGUCCUCAGUAUUUCAGCGCUACCUCGCGCUUGCCAAUCAGGUCUUGAGCUGGAACUUUCUUCCUCCAAAUUUGGGCAGACAUUAUAUAGCCAUGUUUGAAUCCUCACAAAAUGUUUUGUUAAAGCCAACGGAGUCCUGGCGGGAGACCCUUCUGGACAGCAGAGUCAUGGAGCUUUUCUUUACAGUACAUCGAAAAAUCAGAGAGGAUUCGGAUAUGGCACAAGAUUCUCUGCAGUGCCUCGCCCAGUUAGCUUCUCUGCAUGGACCUGUCUUCCCCGAUGAAGGAGCACAGGUUGACUACCUAGCACACUUCAUUGAGGGUUUACUGAGUACUAUCAAUGGAAUUGAAAUAGAAGAUUCUGAAGCUGUGGGGAUCUCCAGCAUUAUCAGCAACCUGAUAACUGUGUUCCCUCGAAACGUCUUAACUGCCAUUCCAAGUGAACUUUUCUCGUCCUUCGUGAACUGCCUCACACACCUCACUUGUUCUUUUGGGCGAAGUGCUGCACUGGAAGAAGUGCUUGAUAAAGAUGACAUGGUCUACAUGGAAGCAUAUGACAAGUUGCUGGAGUCCUGGCUGACUUUGGUCCAAGAUGACAAACAUUUCCAUAAAGGCUUUUUUACCCAGCAUGCAGUUCAAGUCUUCAAUUCUUACAUUCAGUGUCACCUGGCUGCUCCAGAUGGCACAAGGAAUUUGACUGCCAACGGCGUGGCCUCUCGUGAGGAAGAGGAGAUAAGUGAGCUUCAAGAGGAUGAUCGAGACCAGUUUUCAGAUCAACUGGCCAGUGUAGGAAUGCUGGGAAGAGUUGCUGCAGAACACUGUAUACCUCUUCUGACAAGUUUAUUAGAAGAAAGAGUAACAAGGCUCCACAGUCAGUUACAGCGACAUCAGCAGCAGUUACUUGCUUCACCUGGUUCAAGAACCAUUGACAACAAAAUGCUUGAUGACCUAUAUGAAGAUAUUCACUGGCUUAUUUUAGUUACAGGCUACCUCUUAGCUGAUGAUACUCAGGGAGAGACUCCGCUAAUACCUCCAGAAAUAAUGGAAUAUUCCAUUAAGCAUUCAUCUGAAGUUGACAUUAAUACAACACUUCAAAUUUUGGGAUCUCCAGGAGAAAAGGCUUCUUCCAUCCCAGGGUACAACAGAACAGAUUCUGUGAUUAGGCUGCUAUCGGCCGUUCUCAGAGUUUCAGAAGUUGAGUCUCGAGCAAUAAGAGCAGAUCUCACCCAUCUGCUAAGCCCUCAAAUGGGCAAAGAUAUUGUUUGGUUUCUGAAACGCUGGGCAAAGACUUACCUCCUGGUGGAUGAGAAGCUGUAUGAUCAGAUAAGUCUGCCAUUCAGUACAGCGUUUGGAGCAGAUACAGAGGGUUCUCAGUGGAUUAUUGGCUACCUCUUACAGAAAGUCAUCAGUAAUCUCUCAGUGUGGAGCAGUGAGCAGGACCUUGCAAAUGACACUGUGCAGCUCCUUGUCACUCUGGUAGAAAGAAGAGAAAGGGCAAACCUAGUAAUCCAGUGUGAAAACUGGUGGAAUUUAGCUAAGCAGUUUGCAAGCCGAAGCCCCCCUCUGAAUUUCCUGUCUAGUCCUGUGCAAAGGACGCUGAUGAAGGCUCUUGUCCUGGGAGGUUUUGCACAGAUGGACACAGAAACCAAACAACAGUAUUGGACUGAGGUUCUUCAGCCACUACAGCAGCGAUUCUUAAGGGUGAUAAAUCAGGAAAACUUCCAGCAGCUGUGCCAGCAGGAGGAGGUCAAGCAGGAAAUCACCGCCACUCUGGAGGCUCUGUGUGGCAUUGCCGAGGCCACCCAGAUUGACAACGUCGCUAUCCUUUUUAAUUUCUUAAUGGACUUCCUUACCAAUUGCAUUGGAUUGAUGGAAGUUUACAAAAAUACCCCAGAGACUGUCAAUCUCAUAAUAGAAGUUUUUGUUGAAGUUGCACAUAAACAGAUAUGCUAUCUUGGAGAGUCUAAAGCAAUGAACUUGUAUGAAGCCUGCCUUACGCUGUUGCAAGUAUAUUCUAAGAAUAAUUUGGGGCGGCAGAGAGUGGAUGUGACAGCCGAGGAGGAGCAGUACCAGGACCUGCUUCUCAUUAUGGAACUCCUUACCAACCUUCUCUCAAAGGAGUUCAUAGACUUCAGUGAUACAGAUGAAGUGUUUAGGGGACAUGAGCCGGGGCAAGCAGCAAGCAGGUCUGUGUCAGCUGCAGAUGUGGUUUUAUAUGGAGUCAACCUAAUUCUUCCCUUGAUGUCACAAGAUCUCUUGAAGUUUCCAACUCUUUGUAAUCAAUACUACAAAUUAAUCACAUUUAUUUGUGAAAUUUUUCCUGAGAAAAUACCACAACUUCCUGAAGACCUUUUUAAAAGUCUGAUGUGCUCUCUAGAACUGGGAAUGACUUCAAUGAGCUCGGAGGUUUGCCAGCUGUGUCUGGAGGCCCUGACACCACUGGCUGAGCAGUGUGCAAAAGCUCAGGAGACAGACUCACCGCUCUUUCUAGCAACACGGCACUUUCUGAAGCUGGUUUUCGAUAUGCUGGUUCUGCAGAAGCACAACACGGAGAUGACGACAGCAGCCGGGGAGGCGUUCUACACGCUGGUGUGCCUGCACCAGGCGGAGUACUCUGAAUUGGUUGAAACAUUACUGUCAAGUCAACAAGACCCCAUUAUUUACCAGAGAUUAGCAGAUGCCUUCAACAAGCUCACUGCAAGCAGCACACCUCCUACGCUGGAUCGGAAGCAGAAGAUGGCCUUCCUAAAGAGUUUAGAAGAGUUUAUGGCAAAUGUUGGUGGUCUCCUAUGCGUAAAAUAAAGAACAAAACUCUAUGCUUAAUUUAGA